CCAUGUUUGUUUUGGUCACGUGCUGGUGAUGUCAAGUCCCCUUCCAGGUGAAGACAGAGCCGGUGCCGCCCCACUCUUGGCACUGCCACGAACUCCGCCUCCUUGCUGCUUCACUCGCUCCCGCCCCGCUCCGCCUUCGGCCCUGCCUGCCUCCUCAUCUUUCACCACGCCCCCUGAGCCCAGCGGCCGAGGCGUUUCCUGUUUGCUCUCAUUCUCUCUGGGAGCCAGUGAGAGAACUUCCGGUGAUCGACUCACGUGGCCAUUUGCUGUAUCCAUUACCUCAUGCAAAGAGGAGCACACUGGAGCUGCAUUCCCUCUUACGGGAUGCGUGGAAUUUAUACCGAAAAAUCUUGCCACUUUAGAUGGUUUUUUCAGCUCUUUUGUCUCGGAAAGAGACACCCCCGAAUCGGAGGGAGGGGGUACUGCUCCUUACAGAGCUUGGAUGGCAGCAUGUGUUGCUCGGCGUUCCGCAGCAAACGUUUGCAAGGAACUUGUCACAUUCUGCAGCCUCUGCCCUCGCUCAUUUUUCACUCAGCUCCUGGAACUGGCUGUGGGAUCUUCUUUCCAGUUCUGGGUCAUUAAUCACCUGCCAGGAUCCCAGUUGGCAUCUCCACAACAAACCCAUAACAAACCUCCUGUCAGCAGAGCUCGCCAUUCAAGGGAUGAUGCUGGAAGGUUUGUUCCCAUGUGCUGCCUCCUGCUCCUGACAAAGCCACUGGUGUGGAUGUUCCCACAGAACCUCCUCUUCCAUGAAUCCAUGAAUCCAUGAGGGGUGUGCUGGUAGAAUUUUCACCCCUUGGCACAACCUGUUUCAGCCUCAGUUCAUCUUCCUCACCUCUUCAAGAAUUUUUCACCAUGUGGAGACCCUUGAAAUCCUCCUUUGGUCAAAUUUUCCUUAAUUUUUGAAGAAAAAGUCCUCAGCUCUACACCUGAGGUUUUAUAAAUCCUUCUGGACUUGUGUAGCUGUCCCUUGGGCUUUUGGUUGCAGUUGGUUUUAUUUAAAAAAAAAAAGUUUGGUUCAUGUUUCAAAACCCAACUGAAAAAUAACACACUUGCAAACUGUUUUAAAUCCAUUUGAUGUAAAAGAAUAUAAAAAAAAAAGAGAGAGAGAAGAGCUGCCUUCCAUGUGCCCCCACAUCCCCCUGGGCAGGGAUCACCUCCUCUUCCCUCACCCCAGCAUCAGCAGCACCUUCUGCACUUUUGGGGUUGACCAUGGGGAGCACUGGGACACCCCAAAGGUGUUAGCUUGGUAAUGCUGGCUUAGCAUUCCAAGAUCGCAUUUCAAGCAUCAUUUCCCAGCUGGGCAAUGGACUGUACCCCGAAAAUCCUGAGAAAAUUGCUGACUGCCCACCCCUGUGUUCAUUAUAGAGCCAGGAGCUGAAAAAAAUCCACGUUGUAACCUUCCCAAGCAGGAUUUGGAGAGAACCAAAAAAGAUACCUGCAAUAAACCUGCACUGAGCUGGGUUGCAGCUCAGCCACAUCAUCAGCAGAGGAAACAGUUCUAUUUCAUUAAUUUUGCAGAAAAUAUAUGGGAGCUUCUGCCUAAUGAAUACUAAUAGACCCUUUAAAGCUCAUUUACCAAAUCCUUACAAGUAAAGGACAAUGGCAGGCAUCACUUACAGAGCACAUAUGAGCAGCUCCCAAAUAUUCUAUUUGUUUAUCCCAAUAAUUGCAAAAUAAAAUACAUUGAUUGCUCCAUAUUUAUGAAUUCAAGAACUAUUUGGGUCUGUGCUCUGUGUAAUGAAGGUUAUAAAAGCAUCUUAAUACAAAAUACAAGUAAAACUUGAAAAGUGCAUGAAAUUUGGGAAAUAAGACCUUGUGAGUCAGUCAUUUACUCGUGUUCUCUCCCACCAAAGCACAGGAAGGAUGAUGCAAACAGGAUGUGGGAGGAUUUGUGGAUAUUUAUGAGCAGGUGCUCUUCAGCUGGAGUUAGGUUUGAACUAAUUGGCACCUGAGGCAGAGGCUGCCAGUGUUGUAAUUUAGAUUUUAGGGGGGUCCCCAGGGAGGGUUCCCGGGGAGCUCCCCGGGUCCUAGGGUCGUGGGUGUUCGCAUGCAGGCAGGCAAGAAGA